ACAACUACCACGAAAUCCUGAGAACCCAUGAGUCGUUACAACCUGAUGUCUGAUUCGAGGGAAAUUCCACUCCGUGAUCCUACGACAGUCCCGAUCCAACUUCUACAACAAUGGAGAUUUUUGUAGCGACAUUCACACCCGGCGGGUAAAGAUUGAAGCCUUGACGAGCCUGUGAAGAAGAUCUGCAGAUUCCGGGAAAGCAAUACCGAAGGACGAUUCGUUUGAGAAGCUCCCGCAAAAUCUACAGCGUAAGGACAUUGUCGAGCGCCUCCCGACCUCGUCAGAGCCUCAUUCCGCUCAGGGACAUUGCGUCGCAACUUACGAGGAAGAACAUUUCGACCAUGGGUACCUUCACAAACCCGAUCCUGCCAGGAUUCAAUCCUGAUCCGUCCGUCAUCCGCGUCGACAAAGACUAUUUCUGCGUUACAUCAACGUUCGAGUAUUUCCCUGGAGCUCCAAUCUACCACAGCAAGGAUCUGAUCAAGUGGGAGCUGAUUGGUCACGCCCUGACGCGUAAGUCGCAACUCGAUAUCAAGACACCCGAGCCUGGUGGUGGUGUUUGGGCAACAACGAUUCGUUACCACGACGGCCACUACUAUAUAAUCACCAAUUCUUUUGACAGGUAUAGACCGCAGACCGAUGAUCGCGUAUGGCCACGAGGAUUUUAUGUAAAGACUGCCAACAUCUGGGAUGACACCACGUGGUCGGAUCCAAUUUACUUUGAUCAAGUUGGGUUCGAUCACGACUUAUUUUGGGAUAACGACGGGCUUGUGUACCUAUCAUCGACCUACAGGAAGGUAGACCGCUCUCCGGAGUCGAAGCUAAAGGAUUUUGGAAUUCAUAUCUCAACCCUCGACAUUGAGACCGGUGCCCUAACUUCUACGCCCAAACUAGUCCGAGAAUCGCCUUCUGGAGUUGCAGAGGGUUCUCAUCUGUUUAAACGCAAUGGAUACUACUACCUGUUCACGGCUGAGGGCGGGACCGAGAGUGGACAUUGUGAAUAUGUAGCUCGAAGCAAGGACAGCCCGUUUGGCCCUUGGGAGCAAGCACCCCACAACCCACUCUGGAGAAACACCACAGAUGAUGACGUCCAAAACACCGGACAUUGCGACCUUGUAGAAGAUACGCAUGGCCAGUGGUGGGCGCUGUGUUUGGGUGUACGACCGAGAAAGGAAGGUGAUCAUUGGCGAACGUCAGUGUUCGGGCGUGAGUCACUGCUGCUGCCUGUUCGGUGGGAAGAGAACUGGCCUAUCUUCAACGAAGGCAAGCCCGUGACCCUACAAAUGAGCGGACCGAACACGUAUGAGCUUAAUGAAGAUAAGCGGUGGAGAGACGACUUCACUAGCGAUAAGCUUAGUCUCGGGUGGUAUAGGAAGAAUACACCCGUACGACAAGACUUUUCGUUAAAAGCCCGGCCAGGUCACCUAACAUUGCAUGGAGGACCAUACACGCUGUCUAUGCCUACAGCGCCAACACUCUUCUUACGAAAGCAAAAGCAUUGGCCAACAGUCUGGGAAACUCAACUUGACUUCCAGCCGAAGAUCCCACGAGUGGAAGCUGGAACCGUGGUCUGGUGGAACUACACUUGCUUUGCAAGCAUUGGUGUCCGUAGUCACCAGGACGCAGGCCAAAAUAAGAGGGUCGUCAGGUUCACACCACCUACAAAUACCGGGAAGCUAGUAGAACAAGACGUUUCUGAAAAGAGUGAGAUCAAGUUUAUCAUAGACUGCACCGCAACAAACUAUCGCUUUGGUUUUCAAGAAGUCGGUGCUCUAGACGGAGGGAGAUGGACAUGGCUAGGGGACGUGGAUACUCAGGUUCUGACACGGAGCCCGGAGAUCGGGCAACCGUUUACCGGCAUGAUGCUUGGAUUGUAUUCGUUCGGCGAGCUUCAGCCAACUCUUACCCCUGCCCAUUUCGCAUAUGCGGAGUUUCGAUAGGUGUUUGGACCAUACUUGCAAUGGCCAAAGAGAUAGGAAACUACGAGUACUAUGCAAUGCACCAAAGUUGAUUCUAGUCAACAUGAUACAACAUGCUUGCGACUAGUUGCAUUGGCUUAUCAUUAGCAUCUAAUUAAUAUGAUUUCACGGUCAUAAACUAUUGCC